GAUGGCACCCUGAUUGUGGACAACUGUGGUUCAGCCUGUCGUAACACGGGAGGUACUGGAACAGCAAGCGGCCUGGACCUGAGCGGCCUUCCCAUGAUGCUUGGCGGGGUGCAGACGAUCGACGCGAUCCUGGUGCGACCUGGGCAGGUUUCGUCCAAUGAUUUUGUGGGAUGCAUCCGUGAGGUCACGAUAAAUGGCGUGCCCCUCAACCUGGCAGUACCUCUCUCUUCCCGCGGUAUUUCGGACAGAUGUCCCAGGGCGGCAAACACGUGCUCCCCGGAUCCAUGUAAAAAUGGCGCCGCGUGCCAAGACAAAUGGUCCAGUCAUCAGUGCCAGUGUUCAGACAUCUAUGUUGGUGACAACUGUGACAAACGACGCGUUCCCUUCUCCUUCGGUGGCAACAGUUUUGUGGAGUUCCAGAUCAAGGAGAGCUACGUACGGGAACUCCAGCUGGGGAACCAGGUGUCAGGCCGCAGGAGGAGAGCCAAUCAGGACACGUCUCUGUCUUUCAAGUUCCGCACACGAGAAAACAACGGGCUGUUGCUGUAUGCAGGAGGCUCAGUCAGAUACACUGUCCUGGAGGUGAAGGCAGGAAAGCUGGUGUACUCGUACAAUGCUGGAUCAGGACACAGGACCAGGGAGAUCGACGUGGCGGUCACCAACGGCCUGUGGCACACGGUCACCCUGGUGCGCAGGAGCACCUCCACCUCCCUGUUCCUGCAGAACGAAGAGCAGACGCAGACAGACUGGAACACGGAAAUCACCGGGACGACCCACGACUUCCUGAGCUCUGACGUCACCACCAUGUCAGUUGGUGGGACCAACACACCUGUCACUAUUGAGGGCCAGACCUUACCAGGAUUUGAUGGCUGUAUUGAUGAACUGAGGUUGAACGGUCAGCUGCUUCCCUUCGUUGGCUCUAACAACAUCGUUAUCGCAACUCCGUCGGAAAAUGUUGGCGAAGGCUGCCCCAGCCCUGCCGUGUGUGUGCCCAACCCUUGCCCCAACAACCUCCUCUGCAUCGACCAAUGGCAGGAGCACGAAUGUGUAGAGCCUGGUGCUUGUGCCUCGUCUCCCUGUAAGAACAACGGAACGUGUAUUCCUAAUGACAGCGGAUUCAGGUGUCGCUGCGAUGGCAACUACAACGGCACUCUGUGUGAAAAUGCUAUCGCGUGCAUCGGUUUUACCUGUGGGAAAAACCAAGUGUGUGUCGGAGUGGGGGCCACUGGUCGCACCUGCGAGUGCAUGGAAGGAUACGGUGGAGACAACUGCCUCCAACAACUGCCUCAGGGCGCAGCGACAGGGUUACACAUCGGUGUGAUUAUCGUUAUCGUGUUCUUCUGUCUCGUCGCGGUCAUCCUCCUCAUUGCCUUUAUCGUGUACCACCGGCGCCGCAUGCUGAGGAAAAGAGACCAGGUUCCCAAAACCACAAAACAAAAUGGUGGGCACAUGGCGAAUGGUGGUCAGGAAAACAGAGCGUACAACACCGAUGACAUUGAUUCUGUCACGCCGUACUUGGGCGACGGAAUGAUGACUAACGACACCAUGUAUGACCAGAAAGCCAUGCACUUCAACGAGCGGGAGGUGAAAAUGCGCGACCCCACACCAGACAUCAUUGAACGCGGACGCGGUUCCGUACCAAUCGACAACAUGGAUGAUGAUGACGUCGUCAUCGAGAACGAUGACGGCAUAACAGCAUUGAGUCGCCUGCCUGAAGACCGAGACCCAUUUCCUGAGCACUACGAUUUGGAAAACGCCAGCAGUAUCGCUCCCUCAGACAUCGACGUGACGUACCAAGCCUACUACAAAGCGUUCCGCGAAGGAAAGAGGUACAAACAACCUGUACCCAACCGACACAACCACCACCCACGACAGAGCCCCAGCAGUCUUCUCCACCAAGUGCACAUGAGAGAUAGUCCCAACCACCUCGCUCGUAAAAGCCCCAACCACCUUUCCCACAGGGACAGUCCCAGUUUCCAAACCUCCGCCCGACAAAGCCCUGCCAGCCACCUUCUCCGUCAGAGCCCGAACCACCUGGCCAGGCAGAGCCCUGCUAGCCAUUUAGAAGGGCCCAUGAGGCCGCUGGGCAUGAGGACUAGUUCUGAUCACCUGCCUCCGUCCGAGCAUGGCAGCCACUACAGCGGCAGUAGCAUGGGCUCCAAGAACCGCCGCCGGGCAAAGAGCCCCUGUGCCAGCUCCCACGGACGGGGCAGCAGACCCAGCAGUAGGUUAAAACAACCCAUAGAGCAGAUUGAGAUGGACAGUGGGCCGCCUGUCGGGCUCUCGGUCGAAGAAGUAGAGAUGCUCAAUGCUCGCCCAAGGCACAGCGUUGCCAGCACUAUGGAUGGUGCGUCAUCCAUAACAGAAAGAACUAUGCCAGUCAACGACAAAAUCAUGAGUCUACUAGAACCCCCCGAUUUGUUAGAACCCCCUGAGAGUAGCACCGAGGAGAGCCAGGACGAUUCCUUCACCUGCUCCGAGUUUGAGUACGAGCGGGAGAAACCGUCGAGAAGCAGAAACAACUUUGACCCGAGAACUAACAAAAUGUUCCCUCACGGCGACAACGGUUCGUUGGGAGGGUCGCUGAGUACGCUGCUAGAGGGUGAUGACCCACAGAAGAAGCACGCUCUCCCUCCAAACGGCACGUUCAGCUGGGACUACUUGCUAAACUGGGGGCCAAACUUUGAGAACCUGGUGGGGGUGUUCUCAGACAUUGCUGCUUUGCCUCCCGAUGCUCAGAGCAGGGAACAGAACUCUGACGAAACAACAACGAAAGUUAACGGCGUGGCCAACAAUGAAGAAUAUGUGUAGGCAAAUCAUCAUUAAUAUGUUGCCCUACUUGGUACAUGUAUAGCACGCAAAUGUAAAUGCUAUCCUUUAAUAUAGAAAAUAAAGAAUCAAUGGUGAACACAGAUAUUUCUAUCCAGUGAAUAGAAUAUUUAUUGGCAUCAAGUAGACAAAUAGAUGUGUGAUUCCUUUUAUUAUACAAAGUCUUAAAUCAUAUCAUGAUAAUACAAUGUAUAUAUGAUGCCACGUACAUGUAUUCCCUGUGCCAUUUGUAUCUUCACAAAGCAAAUUUCUGCACCUUUUCCAAGAUUUUUAGACUUUUCACAUCACAGUCAUGCUUCCUUAAAUGGCAAAAUCUAUAUUUUUGUAUCCUCUAUUGAAGUUGUUCACAAUGAAUUCUGUAAUUUACAAUUAGAAAAUGUAGUGAAGAAAAUACUAAGGUACAUUUGUAUGUUUUAAAUUGUGAGAUGUACAGCAUUGUAUAAAACAUUACUAAGAUAGGAUUUGUUUUAUAGUGUCACAUAUGACAAGUCCACAAAUUAUGAAUGUGGGGAUGGAUGUGUAUAGAUAGAACAGAUAGAAGGAAAAUUGUUUUUAUAUUAUGUAUGUAAGCUGAAUGUUGUUUUUUUGUUUCUGUUGUGUUCAGAUGUAGUUGAUUGUGAUGAUUAUUGAUUACCAGCUUUUGUAUAUUUGUAUGGCAAUAUUGGAAUAAACUUUCCAGUAUGAACUU